GUAUACCCUGGUAGUAGGACUUCCUCUUCACAGCACGGACCCAAACCGGAAUCGUCGUGGACUUCGUGGUCUUCGCGUCAGGCCAAGGCCACUCCAUUCCCCAGAAUCCACAGAACCCAACCCGGAGCUUACCCGCCCGCCUGAGGACGCCCCAGGCCAACGCCCUCCAAGCCAGCCCGAGCAACUGACUGGGAAUAGACACGCACGUGGGUGAGUGGGGGAGUGGAUUGAUUCCACGGUAGUGUGCCCACCCCCCUCAAGGGUGAAUAUGGCGGAUGCGGCCGGCGGUGGUCUGGUGGACUUCCACCUGACUGAUGCGGCCGACCAUCUCCAAUCCCCGGACGACGGCGAGUUCGACGCCUUUAAUGACGACACGUUCGGCGAUGCGGCCGAGGAAUGGGCCGAGAGCGCGCACGAACAAUUGGCCGGGCUCACCGAGGAAGAAAAGUCCGCACUUCAAUCCUCGCAAGCCUUUUUCGACCUAGACGGGCAGGAUGCUGAGGGAGGCUGGGGUCUGCUCGAGCCCUUGGAGCCCGUGUCGGACACUAAUGGCGGCUUACAUCACGCCAUGGACCGAAUGCGGCUCUCACCUGCGCCCAAACACGCUCCACCCCUUCAGGCCGAAUCGAGCGGUAUGAACGCCCCGAGUCCGCGCCCGGCCUUGCCCAUGUUCUCGAGUGCCGGUCACUUGGGCACUACCCCGCCUGUGGAUCCUGCCAUUAUGUCCAUCGGUCGAUUGCCCGGACCUGUGCCGGUGUUGCCUGGGCCUCCGCCGCAGCCACCCCGAGCAAGUCCGAUGGGACCUCCGCUCUUGCCUACUCAAGGUCACACGUUAGAGGAGUUGGAACGGGAAAUGUUGAGUCAGAGCCGUCCGCCGCCCCUGCCUCGCCCUACUCAACCCUCUCCUUUUGGCAUGCCCCCGCCUCGAUUCCAGGCCAGCGGACCGCCCUUUAACCGAGGCCCACCUCCAUCGGCGGAGUUCAAUAACGGACGGUUCUAUAACCAACCGCACCCUAAUCACCCUAAUCCCAUGCCACACCAUGCUCAUCAACAUCCGAAUCCGCCAUCCCACCAUCACUUUCAGCCACAUCAUCAACAUCCCCCCUCUGGCCCUCAAUUCAAUCGAGGUGGCCGUUUGCCGCCGCAAUACUCCCACCCAUCCCAUGGCGGGGGUUAUGAUCACCGACAGCGUUCCCAUCAUAACCAGCAUUUUCAACCCCCGCCCCAUCAUUAUCAUCCGUCACCCAAUCAUUACCACCGCCAUCAACAGCCCCACUAUCACCAUACCCACCAUCAUCAGCCACGUCACCACCAUAAUCAUCAGCACCAUCCUAAUGAUGGUUUUCAUCAUAACGAGGGCCAUGGCGAUUUCCGCCGUCCCAAUCGCAAUCCGGAUGAUGACAAGAAUAGCGAAACAUUCGGGGCUGAUUUUGUGGAGGACCACUUGCCCCAUUCUGGGCGGAGUACCGGCCGCUUCAAUCCUCGGGGUGAACUCAUGACACCGGGUCAUGUCCAUGUCUUGGGGAUCCUCCGCGGGGCUCGAGAACGCGGUGACGCCCACCAACCCGGGGAAAGUGACUUUUAUGAGCGCGAUCAACCCCAACUCUGCCGCGAUGAGGACGAAUUUGCCGGAUUGAUGACGGGUCGUGAAAAGUUGUGGAUCAUCAAUAUCCAGUUGUCUCAAUUGAAGUGCGAAAACCCCUUUGUGGAUGAUUAUUACUACACGGUGUUUCACCAAAAGCAGGAAUUGGCCGCCCUCGCUCAAGAAAGCGAAGGCAACAAUAAUCAGGAUGAUGACAAGGAGAAUAAGCAACUCAAACGCGAUGAAGAAGGGCCACAACUAUUGUUAAAGGCCGAAUCUACGGACAGUGGUAAAGACGAGUACAUACCCGUUCAAUUCAAUAACUCCUUGGGCAAGCUCCAAGCGCACACCGUGAAAGCCCCUCGGAAGAACAUUGACGUGGAUGUGGUCAAUACUGAAGUAACCGAAGGCACGAGCACGUCGCAAAAAGAUGCCAGGAACUACAAGAGUAUCUUGAUGGAACUGGAGAGGAUUUACUCUCACAUCAUUGAGGUCGAGGACAGCGAUAAGAAGUUGGCGGCUCUGCCCACCAACACGGACAUGCGGCGCCUAGUGUCAGGUGAGCGUCUCGACGCUGUGGAAAAAGUCACCCGCGCUUUGGCCAUGGAGGGACGACUAAAGAAGUAUCUCUUGGUCCGGAAAGGCAAAGCACUCUUGAAGCGAUGCUUUGCUUGGCUCAGUGAUCCCGUGAUCCAUUUGAUUUGCUGCACCCUCUUUCCUUUACUCCCGCUGGCCAUCAAGCGAGAUCGGGAAGACAAGUUGCUCCUCCAGUUUUGGCCCGAUAUCAAAGCCCAUUUCCGGCGAACCUCGCCGGAGAUCUUGAUUCAAUACAUGACCCUCCUGAAUGCCGGUGGAGGGAGUGGCAGUAACUCCUCGCCAAUUCCUGGAUCGGCGAAGACGGGUUCAAGCACUUUCAAGACAGCAUUGGCCCAUCCCUUGGGUGUAUCUAUGCUCGCCAGUGCUCUCCAGCUCCUGUCCGAGCGCAAAGGCUCAGAGGACGAAAAGCGAUCUACCGAGGAAAUAGCGGCUCAAGUGGGAAAGGCGGUUUCCGAAAUGAAGGAUAUUCCCGCACCGUUGGAAAGAAUCGACUUGAAUCCUGCCCUUUUCCAGACCCCAGACCCCCAAAUGCUGGGACGCUUGGCCAAAAUUGGAUCUUUGGUUGUGGCCACUUGAUCGCGUUGGAAAUCCCCUUGUAUGUACGAAUGCGUCCAAAUAUUUUACUCACUCAUGAUCCUAUCGAGUGUCAAUAGACAAACUCAUUGUUUCAA